AUGACGAAUAAGAUUUUUAAUUUGGAGAGUUUUUUGGGUAUUGCUGGGGACGUUCACUCCUUCGACCACAACGACGAAGCCGACUUCCUACUCUCCAACAUCAACUCACCCAAACACUCUCUCAACACAGGGUUAGGUUGGAUGUGUGAGAAUCCGUUGUAUAAGUUUCCGAAUGAGAACAGUCACUGGGACAAUCCAAUCGACACCACAAACGAAUUCCUAAAACUACUCAACCACAACACACACGAACUCUCCGACAGGGAGAAAAAUGAUAAUCUGGCUGAAAUCACAAAAUCGCUUGAAAAACUUAAAUUCUCCGAAUAUACAACAAAGUUCCCCGAUAAUAUCAAACACAAUGACAACUGUAAACUGGGUGACUCAAUUAGACAUAGUGACACUAUGCCAGUGUUGAGAGGAGUUAGAAAUGUGUAUGAGGAGCGGGUAGAGGGGGAGGAUUAUUCGGCGUAUAUAACAGAGGGUACGGGAACGAUACUGAAGAUAAUUGAGGCGAGUCAGCUCUGGUUAAAGCACACGAGCUCCGAGAAAAUUCCACUCAAAAUAAAGAAACAAUUCACGAAAAAUGAUAACUUUGUCGUUUUAAUCAAAAAACAAUACACACACUAA